CAUGAAGGAGCUGCAAGAGCUAUCGCGGCAGGGCUAGCACGCGGCCACACGAAAGAGAAGCCCGGAUACUGGCUACACACCGGCGGAACUGGCAUCCUCUGCUACAAAGACUCUGCGAACGACUUCGCAACCCUCGGGCAGUGGACUGAUGAACAGUAUGACGACCUUGCAGGCGUGGAGAAGGUUGUAAAUCUUCCAGACGAAGCCUUCCACCGCAAUGUGGACAAAAUCGUGCUAGAAGCGGGCACGAAGAACAAAGAUGUCGUGAAGACGGUCAUUGUCUGUCCGCCCACUAUAUACGGUACGGGCCGGGGACCAGUCAGCGGAAGAGGUCGUCAAGUCUACGAGAUGGGCAAGUUGAUCCUUUCGAAAAGUCUCAUCCCAGUGGUUGGACAAGGCAAAGCUCGGUGGAACAACGUUCAUAUCGAAGACUUGAGCGAUCUCUACUUACUGUUGUUGGAAAGAGCAAUGGCUCAGGACUCGAACGAUGAUAUUUGGGGCUCUCAUGGAUACAUGUUUGCAGAAAAUGGCGAGCACGUCUGGAGCGAUCUUGCAAACAUGAUGUCGCAAGAGGCUGAGCAGCAGGGUCUGAUCAAAGAUGCUAAGGUCAGCGCGCUGAGUAAAGAUGUGGCGUUGGAUCAAGCAGGAUUUGAAGCAGUCAGCUGGGCGCUC